AUUCAAUCAAUCCCCGUCAUUUAAGAUAAUGAAGCAGCAAUUAACAACAAAGAUCAACAUCCUAAUGACGACGGCUCCACCACCCGUCGUCCUCAUCGCGACGCUGCUGCUGCUCAUCUUUAGCGACGGAAUUUCCGUCGUCGUCGUCGUCAACAGCGCUUACAACACAAACAGGAUCGCCGGCGACUGCGACGGGCUGCUUAACUACCUGAGCAACAACGAAGUCGUGCGAAACCUAGCACUGAAAUCCAUGGACGCCGCAAUCGAUUUUGCGGCCAGCAAGAGACCCAAUACCUGCGCACAUGCUGAAAAUCGCGGUAUUUGGAUCACCGCCGCCGCUAAUUGUUCCCAUCGGAUAACUAACGACGACGACUGCAAACUCUGUCUCUACAACGCGCAGUACCGGGUCGUCGACCAGUGCCCGUAUAUGAAGGGAGGUUGGCUCGAACUUGCAGAUUGUUGCGUCAGUUAUAGCACCAAUCCGUCAUUUUGCUGGUUGGGAUGAUGAUGAUCACCGUCGAUUGUUUAAAUUUGUGAUGUAUCGCUAAAUCUAUAUAGCUUAAGGGGAGCUACGUUUUUUUUUUUUACUAGUAAGAAAAGAAUGCUACAAUCAUAUAUUGUCAUGUUGGAGAUGAUUAACAAGGUACGUAGAUCGGUGGUCUAUCGAGCCAAACUGUCCUCUAAUUCCAUCUAGUCUCGCCAUGUAUCAUCGCACGUGUGAGCCGCUUCAUUAGCUUCCUGUUAGUGUGUUGAGCUGCCACCGUCCGUCUCAGGUGCUUGCAAGUACUAUAAUUGCAAUGCUUCUACAUAAAAUCUCAGUCUCAUCAUGCACCACCAAACUCUGUCGCCAAGGCUUCAGCAAUAUACUUGUACCUCCCAUGAUCCUGGAACUUUCUUGGCAGCCGACGGCCGCCAGCGAAAACUUUCCAUUUGAGUCCCUUAUUACCACCCUGAGGCGCCUGCUCCGUCGAUCUGUUCUACAAAUACCAACAUCGGUACAGACUGACACACUAACCGAGUUCCGGUCUAUUCAAAUUGUUUCCAGCUGACAGGAUAAAGACUCGGUUCCAUGUUCAGCUGCUAAUGUUGCUUGUAGUCUGUCAGAAGAUACUUACUCAGCGCGAACUGGUGUCUCGAUCUUCUUCGAACAGUUUAGCUCCAUUAAACAAAUGAGACGUGA